AUGCCUUCUGCCUCUCAAGAACAAAGGGCGCAGACCCAGACGGAUGGGCCCGUUGGCCCCAGCGCACUCCCAUCCAGGUGCGCCGAUAAUUGCAGCCAGACCGACAUGAGAGACGUGCCAGUGACUCCGGAUUAUAUGGAGGCGAGAAACCCCCCGAGAGCCAGCAGAGGACUCACUGGACUGAUGACACGGCAGGUCUCCACGGGCGCAAUCGAGUCCGAAUAUACGACGAUUACACUUGUAAAGGAUGUCAAGAGCUGCUUAGAGAGGUUCCAGGAUCGAGCACUCAUGGAAAUUGAGCAUAUACAAAAACGUCUGGACGACCAAAAGUCCACGAUAGACUACGUGGCCAACGCGCUGCACAAGAACCGCGUCGAGCUGGACGGGGUCAUCGGCAUCUUGGCCAGAGACAUGUACCACCACUACGGCAAUCCGGAGAAGGAAGGGGAACAGACGACCAAAAGUCUCCAGGAGAGAAUGGAAAUCAGCCACGCCGAGCUGAUGGAUAGACUGAACUGCCUCAGCCCGAAUUACACGGAAGAACUCCGAACUCUGGGCACGAAAGUGGACACCGUGGCCAACCAGGCCAGCUCCGUAUCCUUGGAUGUCAGCACCAUGUCCGCCAGCUUCAGCGAGAGCCGGAGCCAGUUCAGCGACUGGCUCGCAGAUAUGAGAGCGGCCAUUGUGGGGGUGAGAACCGCCGUCGACGAGAGCGAAGGGCACCGGAACCAGAUGGGCAUGGCACUAGGGAACUCCGUCCGCGACACGAAAGACCAGGUGACGCGGAACAUGGACCGCAGGUUCAACACCGUCGACGCCAGCCUGCAGAGCGUGCAGGCCAGAAUCACGACAGGCGCGGAAUCCACAGCAAACUCUGUCGCCACGGCCGUACGGGGUUCAGAGAGGAACGUGGUCGCCGCCGUGGACAGAUCAGAAGCAAACACAGCCACGGCCGUGUCGAACUCUGCGGAGACUCUGGCCCAGAAGAUCAAGAGCUCGUGCGACGAUAUCGACGAGGCGGCGAACAAUCACUUUGACAUUGUCAACUCCGAGAUCGUCAGGGUAGGCCUGGAGAUGCGAGCAGGGUUCGUCGCUACUCCUCACAGUAAACAUCAGGGCAGUCCUUUGUGGCUAACAGUCAGUCGCACUAGGAACUACAAUCAUGCUGCACGCCUGGCCAACAUGUCCUCCAAGCCGUACAGCGACAAAAUAUCGUCUUUACAGGGCGUCGACGGAAAGCGUAUCCCCGAAUUCCCGACCAAUUAUACCGAGUUCAACUCUCUGCGACGUAGGUACACGGGAUAUGCUGUCACUGCACACACACACGCCCCUCUCGACGUCAGAGUAUCAGACUAUACUGUCUAUAUCCGUGUUCUGACCUGGAUGCAUAGGUAA